AUGGCUCCUUCAAACCUGACAAUAUCUCAUAUUGAGAAACCCGAUGGAAAACUGGUGGAAGAGGCUGUACAACUAGUUGUCAAGCUCAUGAGGAACGGCGGGAACCUCGAUCUGUUUCCGGACUGGGCACGAGGUUUUGUAGCUGCUUCCGCGCUCAUCUCCGGAGAGAUGUACGCUGCAAUUGAUGAGAGCAACACACUUGUCGGCUUUGCGAUGUGGAUGCCUCCGGGCCGAGUACCGUUGACUACCGAGGAGGAGCGUCAACUCGGUUGGAACCAAUUUUGGAAGAAGCUGUCGCCCGAAGGUCGAGAGUACUGCGAGAAUGUGCUAGCGAAAGACUUCUCCAAAUUCUUAGAAGAAUCAUUUGGCUUCUCGGAUGUUCAAAAGAGCACGUACUGGUGCAGCUUCGCUAUGAUUCGGGAAGACUAUCAGAACAAGGGUGUAGCAACCGCGAUAUUCGACUUGGUCUACGCAAAGGCGAAGGAGACGGGUGCUAUCAUGGCGCUUGGGACUAGCUUGGAGAUGACGUAUGCUUUCUCCGAUAAAGACGGCUGCCUCAACCUUGUGAGAGCCAUCCGGACAUUUUGUAUACACUCGAAGUCGCUGAGACGUCACAACUCCUCGAAGGAUACCUUCCGAACAGGACAUGAGAUAACAAUGAAGGAAUAUCUAUGCGCAGAGCUAGAUCCUGGGACGACUGUAAGCGCCAGGCACAGCAGGACCACCCGCACCUCGGCCUGCGAUGCCCUGCUUCGCGAUAUGAUGUUCUCGUACAACACGCGUAUUCCGUGUGCGCUCAACUACUGCACCGGUCGGGAUCGCUCUGUCGAUAUGGGGUUGUCGUAUAUCGGGCAAAGAAUGAGCCAACGCAUCCCUGUAGGGAAGCUCUUCAUACCGUCUAGGACCUAUGCUCUAACUCCCACUGCUGUCCCGUUCCUGGCCCGAUUAUUACAUGCAUGA